AAAGCUAGUUAUCAUUUUAUCUAAAUUACUAAUGCUGUGAAGUCUCUUCAGACUCGCUCAGUAAAAGUUCUAAUUUACACAACAGGCUGAUGCUGAAGCGGAUAAAGCUUUCCAAUGAAAAUCAUUGUCUUAGUGCUUCUUGUUCGUCUCAUUCUAAUCAACGUUUCCAGCAAUUUCAUCCCUAUAUAAAUGACACAUUCACGCAGAUUCCAUUGUCAGUUGUUCGUUGUCUUGAGCUUCGCAAUGAUCUAAGUCGAUCAUAUUGCAAUCUUUUAGUGCUUUUCCGAGUGCGCAAUGGGGAACAGUGUAUGUGAAAAUGACGGACCAAAUCAGGAUCAUCGUGGUGAAAGUAAUGGGGCAAAACGGGUACAGGAUCCAGAAUCUGUUAUCGCGCCAGUUGAGAUUAAACGUGAUCGUCCAAUUGCAUUUGAAGAUGCCCUCACUAAAGCCACAUUUGGCAAGUUCAAUUGCUUCCUGAUUUUCGUGUGUGGAAUGAAUCUGGCUGCUGUUCUGUUGGAGACACUCGGGAUCAGUUUUGUGAUACCUGUGGCUCAGUGUGAUCUCGAGUUAACUAAUAGGGACAAAGGUGUCCUCAGUGCCAUUGCCUUCGUCGGCAUCAUCAUAAGUUCCCAUCUUUGGGGCUUUUUAGCUGAUACCAUGGGUCGUAGGGCUGUGAUCAUGCCAUCACUCUUUGCUGCUUUCAUCUCAACCAUCUUCUCCACCUUAACCAAUAAUUUUUGGGUGUUUGCAGUAUUGCGCUUCUUAUCGGGGUUUUUUAUUUCGGGAUCUUCUGCAACGGUCUACGCCUACUUGGGUGAAUUUCACAACAUUAAGACGCGUUCGCGAGCUAUAAUGGCAGCAUCUACCAUCUUCGGUCUAGGAGGGAUGUUGAUGCCUGCCUUAGCGUGGGUUGUCAUGAGCUAUACAUGGACUCUUGAUAUCCCUUUUAUCGACAUCACCUACAAACCAUGGCGUCUAUUUCUCAUUGUUUGUGCCCUGCCUGAUCUUUUUUGUGGCAUCUCACUUCUAAGUCUUCCUGAGAGUCCCAAAUUUGUGCUGUCUCAGGGCAAACAAACUGAUACCAUUGACAUCAUCCAACGCAUAUACGCCAUCAAUACAGGUGAAAAGAAAGAAACACUUAAGAUUUCUUCCAUCAUUGAGGAGUAUGAAAGCCUAGCUAGUAGAAAACAUAAUGAACAGAAUGCCAAAGGAGGGUGGAGAGUUUUUAGGUCAAUGUACAACCAAACCGCUCCUCUGUUUAUGGGGGAACAUUUGAGGAAGACACUGAUUGCCUGUACUCUUCAAUUUGGAAUUUUUGUUACGUCAAAUGGGAUGUACAUGUUCUUCCCCGACAUCCUCAAUCGGAUCGCAAAGCACGUCGAACAGUCUGGUGGGAAUUACACUGCGACUAUUUGUGAUGCUGUCCAUGAGACCAAGAUUCUACCUUUCAGCGAAAGUAUGUCUUGCGAUCCUAAGCUUGACAUUUCUACUUUUGAGCAUUCUCUUGUACUGGAAGUUUUGUAUGCUGUUGGAUUCGUCCUGAUUGGCGUUACCAUAAAUGCAGUUGGCAAACUCGCGAUCCUGGUAUUUGUGCUAAUGGGAUGCGGACUUUGCGGAAUUGGCAGUAUCUUCACGACCGUUCCUCUUCUGUCCAUCUAUCUCUACGUGAGUCUCCUCUGUUGCGGUCUGGCUGUGACGGUGGUUAAUGCGGCAACAGUGGACCUCUUUCCUACGCAUUUGAGAGCCAUGUCCGUAUGCAUUUCCUUGAUGAUGGGACGCCUAGGAAGUGUCUUCGGAUCAAAUCUUGUAGCCACUAUGCUUGAGUACAACUGCGAGGCUACGUUCCUGAUGUCAGGAAUCUCGCUUAUCCUUUGUGGCGUCUUGUCCUUCUUCAUUCCGAAUGUUCAAGUGAGGAGAGACAGAAGAGUUCGGGAAGAAAGACUUAGCAUAUCGUCUCUUGGACAAUAGUGUAAAAUGUUUCGAUGGAAACAAUUUGCAAAAUCAUUGAGUCGUUAAAUAAUUUGAGCUCAUUGUUUCCGCGUAAACUCAUCUGAGAUCACAAAUCAAUCUAUUGGGGUCAAUUGAUUGAAA